CUUGUACGACGUCGUCGAGUUCUCAUUUCAGGCAAAGGUGAUACAAUUGUCUCCGGACGAUGGCUUCGUAUAUGGAAGAAUACUUUCCAAACCUGUAGUAGACAAUAUAGCAAACGCCGAGUUUGUCGAACCCUCAGUCGUCUCAUCAUCCUGGCCGCCAUAGGGAGCAGCAGGUGGAAAUCUACCACCAACUUUCGGCGUGUUCUGUGUGGAAGACUUCAUUUGCGGCAUGGCUCGGCCUGUACGAUACAAUGGCUUGUAUGAUGCGGCUCCGCGGCGGAGGCUCUGUCACCGAAAGCCCAUCCAGCUCUGCUUGCACAUGGGUACAGGGCAUCAUGCCUGGUUCACCGGCAUCACGAUGUUAUCUAUCGCAUUAUGCACCUCCACCGAGCCCCAUUGCAAAAUUGGAUUUCCCUUCUGCUGGCAUGUACGUACGAGCAUUGAACACAGUCAAGUACUCGUACCUAUCAAGACAUCGCAACUCAACUUUGCAAGGUCUCCAUGUAUGCUUUCAACAAGGGCAGCAUCAUGUUAGUGUUCUCUUGACGGCAGGGCCAACACUGGUCUGUGCCUUAUGGCUCUUGUCUCCGUCUCCGCUGCGGGCGAACUACUCCGUAGUCAGUAAGGACAUGCAUGAGCCAUGCCGCGCCGCGCGCUCAUCUUUGCUAAAAAACACAGGCCGCCACCAAAAUCCUCGUUCCCGCGAAGCGUCUGCUCAAGCAUGUACGAGUAUCACAUGGAGUGCUAGCAGCAUGUACGAGCACAGUACCUGUACGACUACGGCCACUGAGGAUGCGAUUACUGGGCCUAGUACUUACAGGUGAGCACCUUGCAACAUGGCAUGCAAACCCUCGUUCGUACAGGCUGCCCCUGCGGCUUCCCCUCCCAUGUCCCGUCUCCUAGACCGGCCGCCAUUGUCAAGAUGGCUUUAUCUCUCCACUCCUUCGAAAGCAAGCGACACCACGACCACUCACCACUCGAUUCUUAUCCCAGGCCGGGUCCCGUACCUGUACGCAUGAUGAAGGUGGCUUGACCGACCGCGUGUUUUGUGUCUCUGCCUGUGGUCAUGCUCUUG